AGACCGGAACCGGAAAAGCUUCAAUAUUUUCCAUUCUCGUUCCCUGACUUUUGUAUUAUUUACGUGUGAACGAGGAAUAGACACAUCGACGAGUUGGCUACGGUAGUUUUGACAACAAUCAUGCGACGAAGUGCAGUUGUGUUGUUUGUUACUUAUAUAACGCUUGUAAGCAGCAGGCCUCCUCGGGACGUUGUCGCAAGAGAUGUUAUUCGCAUGGAUAUGGGAGAUACUGACAACGAUCUUGGACAAAAACCAGUUCUGUCCGUUGACAAACUUGUCCCUCCAGAUCAUCUUGACGCUGUCCGUUUAGAACAGGACGGGCACAUCAACAAGGACUUUCACAAGGAAGCUUUUCUAGGAAAUCACGAAGAGAUUGAUGAUGAACCCGCUCCUGUGGCUGAAUCAAAGCUGCAUGAGAUAUUUAAAAAAGUUGAUACGAAUGGAGAUGGCUUUAUGGAAGCAAACGAGAUGCAAAAGUGGAUUUUAUUGAAAAUCAACGAUCAUUUUGAUGAAUCUAUGAAGGAGAAUUCCCACAUAUUCAAACACAUGGAUCCAAAAAAGAAAGGUUACAUAGAAUGGAAGGAGUACUACAGACAUUUCCUGCUGGCCAAAGGUUACGAGGAUUCCAAGGCCUCCAAACAUAUAGAAGACUAUGACACAAUAGACAUGAAGGAUGACGAACGGGAGUCUUUGGUGAGGUACAAAUUCCGUUGGACAGACGCAGACCAAGAUAACAACAACAAGCUAACGGAGGAAGAGUUCCUGGCGUUCCGCCAUCCCGAACAGAGCCAGAUCACAAUGAACAAUAUGCUGGAAACCAUUCUUAAUGGACUGGAUGUGGACAAGGAUUCGGAGCUGACGGAGGAGGAGUUCUGUGCCCUGCCCCCGGGGGAAGUCGUGGGGGAGGAACAAAAGGAGAUGGACCGUAAAUGGCAGGAAGAGAGGCGUCAGGAGUUUAGGAACUCGAUUGACAGAAACGGAGACAAAAAAGCAGACAAAGCAGAACUCUUGAAAUAUGUUGACCCCAGGAAUCCAGACCAGGCCAGGUCGGAAACGGAGAACCUUAUAAACAUGAUGGAUGAAAACAAGGAUCGCCUCGUCACCAUGGAGGAGAUGAUGAUCAACAAGGACAUUUUCGUCAGCAGUAAAUGUGUGGAUGUCAAACGUGUCCUUCAUGACGAGUUCUAAACUCAAAAACUGAUCAAAGCUGUGAUAAAAUUCAACUCCCAAAGACUUGUAGCAUCAGAAGGUUCCAUUCUGACAGGUUGGGACUGAUUAGGUGUGUCACAAUAUGCCUGGAGUAUAUCACGAUAUAUCGCAAUACAGAAUGAUAUGUAAAAAUGCUUAAUUUAAAAAAAAAAAAUGG